AUGGCAAAUCUACAUCAACAAGCACAACAAGAAGUUUCAACUCAACAACAACAGAUGUGGUUGAUAUUAUGGCAUUUGGGAGUUCUAUACAAGUGCCAGUUGUUUAUGUGGAAGAUACCCAAAGACAUCUCACAUGUAGCUGCCAGAUUCAUGAGCCUAGCAAAAGUUCACAAUCCUCUAUGUCAUAUGUGUGCUCAGUCAAUUGAAACUUCUUCUCACCUGCUACUUCAAUGUCCAUAUGCUCAGGCUAUAUGGUCUGGUGUUUCUUCAUUUAUUCUUCAGGUGGCUAACAGUUUUGGAGAUAUACAAAAAUGGAUACAAUCUUGGGUAGAAAGAAAUCAGCUAGUUUCAAUCACAAGAAAGGAGCUUCUAAACUUGGCAGUGGUCACAAUGUGGCAUAUUUGGAAAAAUAGAUGUUUGAAAGUAUUUGAAGACAAAAUGCAGGCACCAGGGUCUAUCAUUAGACAAAUUUAUAACUUCUGUCACACUUAUCAUAUUUGCAUUCAUAUUACACCUAGUAGCUCUAUUCAUACUAGUACACUUUCUUCUACUAAGAAUCAUCGUUGUUGGACACCACCACUAUUGCAUUGGUUGAAAAUUAAUUUUGAUGCCUCAAUUAUUCCUGGUACUAAUUUUUAUGUUCUUGCUUUUGUGGUUCGGAACCAUCUAGGAGAGUUCAUGGGAGCCAUGGCCUGGACUAGAAGAGCAAGGGAAGUAGACCAAGCUGAGGUGUUAGCUUUAAAGAAGGUUGCUCAAUGGAUCAAAGAUAAGAAUCUAAGUAAGGUAAUGGUGGAAGGUGACAAUAAAACUAUUAUGGAAGCAAUGCAAUAUCAAAAGAUAGAAAACACUAGGUGGGAAGAUUAA